GUGCCUGUCGGCGGGGCCGCGCGACCAGCAGGAAACAACGGACACAUCACCGCGUCAGAGGAACGCAGAUCCUUCCGCCUCCGCCGUAAAGACUCACGGAGGAACAUACUCAGGCCCUACACAGAGGGUAACCCAGGGCAACAGCAGCGAUGUCGGGCUCCUACACUGACUCCAUGACGGACGUCUCAAGUGACAGCUUCUGGGAGGUGGGGAACUACAAGCGCACGGUGAAGCGCGUGGACGACGGUAACCGCCUGUGCAACGACAUGAUGACGUGCCUGCACGAGCGCGCCCGCAUCGAGAAGGGCUACGCCCAGCAGCUCACCGAGUGGUCCAAGCGCUGGAGACAGCUCAUAGAUAAGGGGCCCCAGUACGGGACCCUGGAGCGGGCCUGGGGCGCGCUGUGCACGGAGGCGGAGAAGGUGAGCGACCUGCACAUGGAGGUGAAGGCGGCGCUGAUGGGCGAGGACUUCGAGAAGCUGAAGAACUGGCAGCGCGACGCCUACCACAAGCAGAUGAUCGGAGGCUACAAGGAGACCAAGGAGGCGGAGGACGGCUUCCGCAAGGCCCAGAAGCCCUGGGCCAAGAAGCUCAAGGAGGUGGAGACGAUGAAGAAGGCGCACCACGUGGCCUGUAAGGAGGAGAAGCUGGCCACCAGCCGGGAGAACACGGGCAAGAUGGAGAACAACCCCGAAACCCAGAAGAAGCUUCAGGACAAGGUGGAGAAGAGCCAGCAAGAGACAGAGAAGACUCAGGAGCGCUACGAGAAGUCCCUUGACGAGCUGGACAAGCUGACGCCGCAGUACAUGGAGAACAUGGAGCAGGUGUUCGAGCAGUGGCAGCAGUUUGAGGAGAAACGCAUCUCCUUCUUCAAAGAGCUGCUGCUGGAGGUCAAACAGCACCUCGACCUCUCCUCCAAUCACAGGUUCCAGACGACCUACCACAACCUCCAGGACACGCUGACGGCCGCCGACGCAGAGGAGGACCUCAAGUGGUUCCGCUCCAACCACGGCCCCGGCAUGCCCAUGAACUGGCCCCAGUUUGAGACUUUGGCCUCAUCCCCCCCCCGCUCCUCUAAGAGGUGGUCCGUCGUAGCCUGGUCGGUGGACCUGAACCGGACGCUGAGCCGCAGGGAGACCAAGAAGAAGCCGACGGACGGCGUGACGCUGACCGGGAUCAACCAGACGGGCUCGGACCAGUCGGUGGCGCCGGUCAAGACCAGUGGCAGUCUGAGCGCGCCCGUUAAGACGGCGCCGGCGGGGUCGAACCCCUUUGAGGAUGAGGAUGAGGGGCUAGAGGAGGAGCAGGAGGAGGAGGAGAUGGAGGAGGAGGAGGAGGAGAAGGAGGUGAAGGAGACGAAGAGCGAGGAGAAUCGCAUCACGGUGGAGAAAGAGGAUGUGAAAACUGCCAGCAGCACGGAGAAGUCCCCCGAUUGGUCGGACGAGGACAGCGGCGCCAACCCCUUCUCCGCCAACGGGGAGGGGAAUCCCUUCGAGGCGGAGACGCCGGCGUCCCCUGAGAUCUCGGUGCCGGUGCGGGCGCUGUACGACUACGAGGGACAGGAGCAGGACGAGCUGAGCUUCAAAGCAGGGGACCAGCUGACUAAGAUCGGCGGUGAGGACGACCAGGGCUGGUGCAGGGGACGGCUGGAGGACGGGCAGGAUGGGCUGUAUCCCGCCAACUACGUGGAGGACCUCCCCUAGACCCCCACCACCGCCACCGCCUCCUCACCCCCGCCCGAGGGCGGAGGAGGCGGGGUAGAGAGAAUUGAGCAGAAGAGAUGGAGGAGGAGGUGCUGAAAAGGACCCCCCCCUAUGAUUAUUUUUUUUGGACCCUACUACCCCUGCAGGGCGGGGUGGGGGAGAAAGGGGGAGUAGAGGAUGGGAGGUGGACUGAUCAGAGAGGUCCGCAAAACACAGAAAAAAAAAUAUAUAUGGACGAGUUCAGAUGCUGUUUCCUUCUUACAACCGCUGUACAAAAGCAGAGAGAGAAAAAGUUCACAACACGCACUGCAAGGCACCUCAGGAGGUCAAAGGUCACGAGGAGGCUCCCAGCGGGCCCCGGAGGUCAUCGUUUGCUGUUACAGAAGCGUCGCUGAGUCCCGUUCUCCCUGCGACGCCCAGUAGAAUACAGUGUGAGUUUAUAUAUUGCUUAAAAGAAGAAACACUGGUUCUGCAGUCGUUAGAAUCCUCUCGUCAGGAGCUUUGGUUUUAUCCGCUAUUAUCUGUUUUUAUUCAGUCUCAGAAAAAGAUACCAUCACAUUUUCCCAGUGCGUUUUUUGUUGAACUUUCUCCUUCAUACAAGAAGCAUUUUGAGUUUCCUCUGAUGAUGAUGAUGGUUAGACAUCUUCAUCACAACAGGUGGCCCUUAGACGAUGAAUUACAACCAAUCGUAUCGUCUCCCCGCCGCCACUGGCCAAUCACCACUGAAUGUACGCUCACUGAUUCCCGUCAUUGGCGCCUCUUGAUUGUACACUUUUUAUUUAAUCCUCAUUGUGUUCUGAAGUUGUGUUUCAGCUGUCUUCUGUUACACUUCUAGUAAAACUAUGGUUAAAUUCCCCCCAGGCCAAACCUGCUGGAGUGUUUGGCUCCAAUCCGAUGUUUAUCCGUUUGUUCAAUCCCCCUAAACCCGUCCUCACCUCACCUCUCCUCUCACGACCUCGUCGUUCUUCUCACUUGAAUCCCCUCAUGUUUGUUGUUGCACUGGACGUCAGAAGGCCAAGACACGAGGAAUCUUCUAGAAACUGCAUUAUUGUUAUUAUUAUUUUAGAAAUGUUACAAUUCAAGUCUUGUAAGGUUUAGCACGAGCCUGGGGAGCAGAGGCUGCCGGCUCGACUGUAAAUAGCGUAGAUUUCUAUGAUCAAAACAAGCAAGAUCAGGUCACAUUGGUUCAGAGAUUGAAGACUUAAUUUAAGAUAUGCCGAAAGUGCUUUUGUUUCGACUCCACUGUUGGAAUGCUGUGAUCAGAAAAUCAAUUUGUAAAAUCAAUGUUUUAUUACAAAUGCCUCCAUGAAUUUAUUUUUAUAAAUGUUAUUUUUUUCAUAUAUUUCGCGGAUGGGUACAAUUCUGAUUUAAUCGAUUGCCUGAUACUGCCCGACUAUAUGGACAGAUAUUUAAAAUUUCCUUAAUGUUCUCUGAUAUAAAAUAACAGGUGUAUAGGUUGAUCAGUUGGAACGGCCUAGAGUCUUUGAUCAACAUGAUUGGUUCGUUGUACUGAUUCUUCAAAUAUGUUGGUUUCAGAACUGUUGAAAUUGAUUGCAAACCAAUAUUUAGAAACAUGAUCUUCAUUUGAGGCCUCUCACUGCGGUAGGAAAUGCAGUCGUUUGUUUUUAGAUACUGAGACGAAGAGGAGGUGCUCAGCUGUCUACAGAGCACAGCUACGCUUUACUUGCACAACUUCAGUUUGUCAAUGUUGUACCACAACAUAUAAAUAAAUGUAACGAGUAUGUUUCUUGUCCUUUUAUUUUCUAU